GCUUUGAAGUGCUGCAGGAUCAGCCUCUCGAAGCACUUUAUGAUGACCGGCGUAGGUGCAACUGGACGGUAGUCGUUGAGGCCGCUGAUGACAGUCUUUUUUGGCAGUGGGACACUUGUGGCAGACUUCAGGCAAGGUGGGAUGAUGGAUUUAGACAGGGACAGGUUGAAGAUCUUUGUGAAGACCUCGGAGAGCUGGUCUGCACAUUCCUUCAGCGCCCUUUCUGUGACACCAUCUGGGACGGUAGCUUUCCUCAGGUUCACCGCUCUGAGCAAACGCCUCACAUCAUGCUCCUGCACAGUGAGGAUGUGGCUGUUGGAGGUGUCGUGUCUGUCUUCGCUGCUUUCACCUCAUAGUGAGCAAAGAAACAAUUAAGUUCCUCUGCCAGUGAGGCGUCACUGUCGACAGUCGUGCGGUUGCUGGUCUUGUAGUUGGUGAUGUGCUGGAUGCCCUGCCAUACCUGCCGUGGGUCGUUGUUGGUGAAGUGGUCUUCAAUCUUCCUCUUGUAGGCUGCUUUAGCCUCCCUGAUGCCUCUUUUCAGGUUAGCUCUAGCAGUGCUGUAUAGGGCUCUGCCGCCGGACCUAAAGGCGGUGUUACGGUCCUUGAGGAGAGUUUUGACCUCCUUUGUCAUCUAGGGCUUCUGAUUGGGGUACACCCGGAUGUGUUUGUCGACGGUACCAUUGUCAACACAGUUCUGUAUGUAGCAGAGCACAGUUGAUGUAUACUCCUCCAAGUCCUGAUCCUCAAAAAUGUCGCAAUUAGUCCUUUCAAAGCAAUCCUGCAGCUGCAAGGAAGCUCCUUCAGGCCAUGUCUUAACAGUCUUUGUGGUGGGUUGAGCUUUUCUCCAGAGGGGGGUGUAUUCUGGGGUUAAGAGUAUGGAUAGGUGAUCUGACUGGCCUAAGUGUGGUAGUGGUGUUCACCUAAAACCAUUCCUAAUGUUUGAAUAAACCUUGUCUAGUGUAUUUUUCCCCCUGGUAGCACAUUUCGGGAGGACUGCCUUUAAAUCUGCAUGGUUAAAAUCACUGGCUAUGAUAUGGGCUGCUUCGGGAUAGGUGCUCUGUUGUGAGUUUAUAGCAUUGAGCAGGUAGCCUAAAGCUAUGCUAGCGUUAGCAUCCGGUGGAAUGUACACAGCUGUGACUAUAACAACGGUAAGCUCACGUGGAAGGUAAAUAGGCCUGCAUUUGACUGUCAGGUACUCCAGAUUGGAAGAACAGUGUCUGUCUAUGAUUUUGGUAUUAGUGCACCAGUUGUUCUGUGCGUAAAUGCAUAAGCCCCCUCCCUUGCUCUUACCGGAGUCUUUGUUUCUAUCCCAGCGAAAUGUUGUGCGGUCUGCUAGCUCAAUAGCUACGUCUGGGAUAAGUGAGUGUAGCCACGUCUCUGUUAUUAACAGAAUACAGUAGUCCUUUAUGAGUUUGUUCGCGGAGAUCCCUUAAAUUCAGUUUGUCAAUUUUGUUGGUGAGGGAUCUGGCGUUGGUGAGAAAAAUGCUGGGUAGCGGUGGUUUGUGUGGUUGUCUCCUUAGCCUAGCAAGUAGGCCGGACCGGCAUCCAUGCCUUUGCUUCCUGUGUCUCCUCCGCCUCCGACGUCUGCUGGAGCCGACAACGAUCCACGGAGAGCCCGGUGUCCUGGCUAUCUCCUCCCGUAUAUUGUGCUGAGUGAUGGAGUCUCUCUUUGGGGGUGAGCUGGGCCUGCUGGGUGGGGGUGAUGGGCUGAAGGAGGACGGGUGCGGGGUGAACUGGCCGAGCGCCCCCCUCCCGGAUGACAUGUACUCUGCCUCCCACUUCGCCCUUAUCACUGCCUACCAUGACAUCAAGACCCGGCUCACUGGCCUGGAGCGGGAGAACAGCAGCAUCAAGAGGAAGCUGAAAAUCUACGAGAUAAAGUUCCCCAUGAUCAGUGAAUUUGGAGAGGAGAGGAACUCCUACUGCUCCUUUGAGCCCAAGGAGACAGCCCUGCUGCAGUCGGAGAAUGACAGCCUGCAGCAGAGAGUCAACACACUGACGCACGAGCUCCAGAAGAGUAAGGAACGUGAGGAGCAAUUAGAGGAUGUGAUCCAGGCCUAUGAGAAGAUCCAUAUGGAGAAGAGUAACCUCCAGAGGGACCUUGACAAGAUGACCACCCUAGCGGAGAAGCACAUGGAACGGAUCCGAAACUUAGAGGCGGCACUGCGGCAGAGGGACAGCUCCCUGCAGAAGCUGAACACACAGCUACACAGCAAGGACAUGCAAUAUCUGCAGCUCCAUGCCAGCCCAGAGGUCUCCCACAUGCUGGACUGCCCGGCGCUGACCCUGCAGAGCUCGCGCAGCCUUGAUGCCCUGUCCGACCUGAAACUGCAGCGGCUGGAGGCGGAGCUGGAGGGGGCGCGGCAUGAGGCACAGGGGGCGUGUCAGCGGGAGGAGGAGCUGAAGGGGGAGUGUGAGCGGCUUCAGGAGGAGCUGAGACAGCUGCAGGAGACACAGAGGCAGCAGGAAAUGUCUGCUUCCUGUGAGCAGUGUGAUGUGGAGUGGAUAAAGAAGGCAGGAGAUGAACAGGUAAACCUGGCGCUGGCCUACACAGAGCUGACUGAGGAGCUGUCUCGCCUGCAGGCCCUGAGCUCCAAGCAGACGGAGAUCCUGAGGAAGAUGUCCCAGGAGCAGGCUAGCCCAGUCCAGCAUCACUCCCACCAGCGCCACUCGCCGGUCCCACAGCGGCAUUCUCCCAUCCCCCAGAGGCACUCUCCCGUCCCCCAGCGCCGCUCCCCAGUGCUGCAGCGCCUCUCCCCGGACAUGCACCGCCACUCGCCCCUGCCAGAGAUGAGCGAUGGCCCUGCCUCCUACUCCUGCCGCCCCGCCAGCCACCACCUGCGGGCCAGCUUCCAGGGCCGACGCAGUUACUCCGAGGUGGCCGACCCCUCCGCCUACCAGCGGCCGCCCCGCUUCACGCUGGACCCCGUCUCCACCCUGCCCAAACCCCGUCCAUACGGGGAGGGAUACCUGAAGCAGCAACGCGGGGAGUCCCCGCCGGGGGCACAGGGGGGCGCGGGGGGCAGCCUGGUUGGGAGUCCCCGGCACGCCCGCGAGCUGCCCUUCCCCCUCUCGGAGGUGCCCCACCUGCGCUUCGAGCCCCCGCCCGUCCCCCCGGCACCCCUGCAGCCGCCGCAGUCCUCUGAGGACGAGGAGGAGUGGGCCUGCCCCCACCCGACCAGCCCGCCGCGCACGCUGGGGGUGUCCUCGGCCGCCACCGCCUCCAUCAUACGGGGUCCUGCCUCUUGCUCCGCCUUCCCCAUCCCGGUUGGGCCCAGCACCCUCAGCUGCCACCCACCCGGCUACCUGCACGCUGACCACGCUCAGUCCUGGCCGUCCAUCAAUCUGUGGAUGGAAACAGAGGAAAAUGACAUCAGGAGCUGCCCCCUAUGUCAACUUAUCUUCCCAAUCGGCUACCCCGAUGACGCCCUGAUCAAACACAUCGACUCGCACCUGGAGAACAGCAAGAUCUGACGACUGCAGCAGGGCCACACCGGCCUGCCGUCGCUCCAGCCUUACCGAACCUUUUUAAUAAUAUUGUGCCAACGAGAUGAGUCCCAUCAGAACGGCAUUGUGGGAGAAAAGACUCUUAACGACCAUGAUGGAAGACACAUGGAAAUCAAGACAAGUUGCUUCGUUGAUAUGUGACACAGACAGACCACUGGUCAGUCUUUGCCCCAGUUUUGUUUUACUCAGUCAAUGUUCAGGGUUGUUUCCAUCUGGGAACUUUCAGGGUUGACCCGUGCUCUUUCUACUCAAACAGAUAUUGUGUAUGCUCUUGUAAUGCGACGAAAGUACCACACGCUUCUCUGAUGUCGAUAGCUGCCAGCACCUGGGGAGCAGCCUGCUGAUGAAUCACAUGCGGUUACCAUCUUUUUUGGGGAGGGACUAGAUUGAUAGAAGAGUACACAACUGUUCUUUUCCCAAUGGAACUGGUGAUGUCACUCAUCCUGUAGUGCAUCAGAAGUUUCAUUCAAUACACAACACCUCUCGCUUGAGCCUGACAAGCACCACAGUGAAUUGUUGGGUAAAGCCACUGAUCUCCAUGUAAAUAGGGUGGUGUGAUAUUGAUGCAAAAUGUCACUUUUAAAAAGUUGAUUGACUCUUUCCACUACAAUGUAUGUAUUAUUUGUUACAUUUUAUUAAAUCCUUGACACUAUUAUAAUUCAUAAUAAAAUUGAAUGAUCCCUCCAAAAGUCAUGAAGUAGCAUAUUGCAGAUCAUUUUGGCCUGCUAGCUAGAUUGCAAAAUAUAAGUAGUGAACUGCUAGCUAGCUUGCUUUACAACGAAAUGCUAGUCAAUCAGCUUGCUAGGUAAGAUAGCCAAAAGUUGAGUUGACAGUUGUAUUAUAACGAACUUGGUUUUAUUAAAAAAAAAAAAACCUGAUGACUUCCUAAUUUGGUCAUUAUUAUGGAUGGGUACAUUUUAGAUUAGUUGUUUUGCUACCAGACUAAUUUGGUUUGUGGUUAGCAGUUGUCACUGAUGUGUUCAAUCGAGCAGUGCUCACAUUUGUUGAUGGUGCAGUAGUCACAGCAACUAUCUAAAAAUUAUUCCAGCUACGCUUUUCCCCAUCGCCAUCCCCAUUUGCACCCUGCAUCUUGUAACCAGCCCUGUGAUAGCGUGUCCUUCUAUAUACCCCCUCUAUUACAGAGUCCCGGGUUGAGUUCUCUCUCACUAAAUUUGGUUAAAUGGGCAGCUAACUGUGUGAAUAUUGGUCCCCUGAAAGAAUGGGCAAGGUCCAUUGUAGCACGUGUGAGAAUAUGAUCUGCCGUUCCAAAUCCUUCGUUAUGGACGUCUGACCAUUUUGGCCAUUCAGCACUCAAGAGCAUAGCAAAACAAUUCCACUGAUUCAAAUUAUUUUUUUAAUCUUUCAGUCUUUUUAUGGGAUAUCUCGCCUUUCUUAAAUUGUGAUCUCCGAGUUACAAAAGGUUAUGAACAGUUCAAGGAAGUCAUGUCCUAUUUGCGGUUACAUUAAGCAGGGUUGCUAACUGUCACGCUUUUGGUGAGACACACGUUUUCAGGCCCUGUCUCGUGUUCUUACACUUUCUAAACACAUCUCAGACCAAAAAAAAGACUGCAACUAAAAACAAUAUUGUGCUGCGAGCUAAUACAUAAUUUCUUUAAUUAUGUAUUAGCUCGCUGCAAAAUAUUAGAUCUCAAAAUUGGCAACCCUGUAUUAGGAAAAUUGAAUUUUGAAGGUAUGUUUAUUGUGAAAAUUAGAAAAUGCAUAUGGUCUGUGUAAUUUCAAAACAGGCUGCUUUUCUGUUAGUAAGUCUUCCAGAUGCUUUUAUGAUAUUAAUAGAGCUUUUAUUUUAAAAUGCCUACAGAGGUUGCUCAGACUGCACCAUCGCAUAGCUAGCAUUGAUAUUUAGUCAUUCUUGCAUCUUCUUUUGAAAAGGGAAUGUCCUUUUCUAGGGGCUCAGUCCAAUAUCAAUUAAAUUUGUGUGUGUGUGUAUGUGUGUGUGUGUGUACUGUUAGUGUUUCCUUGCUUCAGUCACAACUUUAAGGCUGGUAAAGAAACACAAACAGUUUCAGUGCUGACCACUUUGAUCGCUGACCGCUUGGUCCCUGCCGAGCAGUGAUGUACAGAGGGGUAGCUCACACCCAGCCAGCUUGUAAUGUGAAGCGCUUUUGCAUGGAGCAUUGAUGGAGUCUAGCAAUCCACAACAUCUACUGCCCAGUGGAAUCACUGUCUGGAAGAGAACCAGCUAUGCCACCUCUAAAGUCCAUAAUACCGAGCCUCUAGGCAUUGGAGACUGUUCAUAGCCUCAACUGCCAAAGGGCCAGAGAAAAUCAUGGGAAACCAUUUUAGCCACAUAUAUGUAAACAUUAGUUUUAGUCCUUGGUUGGCCACCAGGAGCACCUGGUACAUUCAUUGUACAUACAUCUAGAUGUAGGGUUAGCAUGAUUAUUCUGUGUGGUGAACUAUUAAGUGAAUGCAGUGGCUAUACAGUUCAGAGAUACAUUGCUAAAGUCCACCUUGUAAUAGAGCGUGACCUACACACUUGGUAAAUGGUAAAUGGACUGCAUUUAUAUAGCGCUUUUAUCCAAAGCGCUUUACAAUUGAUGCCUCUCAUUCGCCAGAGCAGUUAGGUGUCUUGCUCAAGGACACUUCGACAUGCCCAGGGCGGGGUUUGAACCGGCAACCCUCCGACUGCCAGACAAUCGGUCUUACCUCCUGAGCUAUGUCGCCCCACAUUACACUUCAACACAAACAAACCCUGAUUGCAAAAAUACUUAACAGACAAAAACAAAUCUGAAUAGCUAUUCCAGACCUCUUUAACUGAAAGAGAAAGGGGUAUUGUUCAAUGGGAAUUAAUGCAUAUAGCUCACAGUAAGAACCAGCAAUUAUGUUACGUGAUACCUUGUAAAGAUUAUGAGGGAGAAUUAUCUGCGUUUUGGAGAAUAACAAAUCCCUGAAAAAGCAAUUAAUCAGAUGUACUGAAAGCUGCCCUGGAUUGGACCCUCAUUUUGAGACCAACCUCUGCCAUAAUUUCUUGAUUUGACAAAGCUAGCUCUACCUUGUGGCCAACCAAAGAUAAGACCUGGAUUUAAUUAUUGGUGGCUUUGGUGUAUACUGCCUUUCUGUACCUAGCACCAAUUAAGUACCUCAUGUUCAAAAUCAGCAGAGCAGAAGUUAAAUAGGCAACAUUCAUAUAGCCACAUAUAAUAGUCACAUGCGCAUAUACACGUAUGCACGCACUUGUGCGUGCACACACACACACACACACACAGUGCAAUCUGCAAGUACUUGUACACAGACACAAUUUUUGAUGUUUUGAUUCUGCACUCUAGCACAUUGGAUUCCAAAUUAAACAAAAGGGCAUUUACAUCCACAUCCGGUGAACCAUAUAGGAAUUACCCCCCCCCAUUUUAGGUGACCAAAAGUAAUUGGACAAAUGAACAUAAUCUUAAAUAAAGUUGUCAUUUAAGAUUAUUUGCUUUUGAUGACUUCCUGAAGUCCGUCAACUAUCACCAGACCCUGGGUAUAUUCCCUUGUGAUGCUCUAUCAGGCCUGUACUGCAGCUAUUUUCAGUUCCUGUUUGUGUGGAGAAUAUUUUUGCCUUCACUCUUGUCUUCAGCAAGUGAAAUACAUGUUUAAUUGAAUUCAGGUCAGAUGGUGGACUUUGCCAGACAAGAACAUUUCACUUUUUGGCCCUGAAAAAUGAUUUGGUUGCUUUGGCUGUGUGUUUGGUUGUUGUCAUGGUCCUGUUGCAAGGUGAAGCACCAUUCAAUGAGCUUUGAGCAUUUAGUUGAUGUGAGCAAAUGUUUCUGAACACUUAAGCAGUCACAUCAUCAAUGAAGACACGUGAGCCAGUUCCAGUGGCACCCAUGCAUGCCCAAACCAUAACACUACCUCCACCAUGUUUCCAAGAUGGGGGGGGGGGAGGUGUGUGCUUUGGAUCAUGAGCAAUUCCUUUCUUUCUCCACACUUUUCCCAUUCCAUCACUUUGGUACAGGUUGAUACUCACUUAUUUGUCCAUAAGAGUUUGUUUCAGAACUAGUUUUCUAAUGUACUUUUUAGCAAACUCUAAACUGCUUGUUCAGUUCUUGAAGCUUACCAGUGGUUUCUAUAUUUACAUUACAUUACAUUUAUUUGGCAGACGCUUUUAUCCAAAGCGACAUACAAAAAGUGCAUUUCAUGUUCAUGGACAACUACAAAACACAGGUUCAAUAAGAUACAAUACUUAUUUUGUACAGCUAUUUCUGGCCAAGAACACAGUUUAGUUCACACAGUGAACACUAUUCUGACCUAACCUCCGCAAAGCCAACUAGGCAGAAGAAUAAGCUACAGUAUUAGGGCAAAUAUAAAUUACCAAAAAGUGCUGGGGGGGGGGGGUUGAUUUAGAAUGAAAUGUACAGAGUGGUGGUAGUUAGUCCAGGUAUAGUCUGAAGAGAUGAGUCUUCAGACCACGGCGGAAGAUGGGCAGUGGACACUCUAAGGUUAUGUUAGUGUAGUAUUCUCUUUAUUUUAGACUUUGAUAUAUCUAUGGUUACAUCCUGGAGCGUGUGCUUGCUGUCUUUGACAGUUUAAAAGGGGAUAUUUUUUCACAAUUUAAGGCAUUCUUCGGUCAUCCGUAGAGUCGUCUUCCGUGGUCUACCAGGCUGUUUGCAAUUGCUGAGCCCAACAGUGCUUUCUUGCAGUUGAUUUUGACACGCCCAAUGUUUUGAAUAUGUCUCUGAUCGAUUUAUUCAGAUUUUUACAUCCAAUAAUGACCUUUUUUACUUGCAUUGACACUUCUCUGGUCCUCAUGUUGAGAGACAACAGCAGCAGACUCCAAUUGCAAAUUCCACACCAAAAAUCAACUCGACCUUUUAUUAGCUUUCUUGUGCAUGUCCAAGUGACUAACACGCUGCUGGCCAAGAAACAGCUGAGCAGCCAAUUGUCCAAUUACUUUUGGGGUGAUUGUGUAUAAAAAGGGUGGCAACUCCUACAUGGUUCACCCGAUGUGAAUGUAAGUACCCGUACAUUAAAGCUGACAGUCCACACUUGCAUAUCAAAUCUGAUGUGCAGAGCCAAAAUGACAAAAAAUACUUUCCAAAUACUUACACACUGCAUAUGUGCGUUUGUGUGUCAAUCAUUUCCACCCUCAUUUCAUAUGAAUGCAAAAUGCGGAUUAAAAUUCACUUCAUUGUUUAUCAAAUAUUUUCUGUGCUUACCAAUUGUAUAAUUGUAUAACAUUAUUGUGAUUUAUUGUUCAGAGAAAGUAAAUUCAGUAUCUUAAAAGGAUGUAUCACAAUUAUUGACACACUAUUAUUGAUAUAAGGUGGAAGAACAUAUAGCAAGAGAUCUAAUACCAUUCCUCCAUGCAGAAUCCAAAGUUGAUUAAUUAAGGAAGGUGAAUUAAAGUUCCAAUGAUGAUCAGCAAACUCCCAACGCUUACAUUUCAUGACAGUAGAAGCUUUCUUCUGGCAAGCCAAAUAGCUUGUUGGCAUGGAGGUGGCAUGAAAUUACAAGUUUGAAGACUUGGGUGACCACAAGAUACAACCAACAUUAGCAAUUAUUUGAUCCUUGAAGGUUGGCAUUUUCAGGUUUUUGGUUGUUUUUAAUAGCUAUUGCUUGAUUUAUGAUUUAUGAUCAACAUUUUCAUUUCAAAAAGUUCUCAGACCCUAUGCUGAUGAAUGACAAAGGAAGUUCGGAAUUUGAGAUGAGCUUUAAAGUAAAUUAAAAUAUAAAAUAUAAAUGGCAAUAUUAAAAUUGUUCAUAAGAAUUUCUCGGGGGGGGGGGGGUGCAAUAAUUGUCUUGUGUUUCUGAGAAGAACACUAUUUCUUGAUGAAGACAUUUUUUCUUUCAAUAAUUUUACCUCAAUCAAAGGUUAGAUUUCUCGAUAAUUUGGGUGCCAACUAAUCCGGAGGGCACUGUAUAUACACUGUAACAAGUUAUUUGUGCAUCAGUGGCAACCACAAUCAUUACAUUGCACAUCACCCCAGCCAUAAUUCACAAAGAGUUACCUCAGGAGUUAUUUAAAGAUCUGUAGCUUAUGUUUGAACCCUCCUACUUUACAAAAGCUACUGAUGACAUUGUCAAAGCCACUUUGGCAUUGCUUGCUGUUUCUGUCAGCUUGCAGUAGCUUCAUGAGUAUCCUAUGAUUUAAAAAAAAAUCAUCUUAAAUAACUCAGGGGACAAAGCUUUGUGAAUAUGGCUCCUUUCUUGGACACUCAAACCCCCCACAGGGAAUAUAUGAUGACUUGCCAAAAUUUUCGAAGAGCUGAGGUUAUACUGCGGAGGAAUAACAUUUUAAGUAUUUUGUAACACUGGUCAGUUUCAGAACUUCAAAAAAAUAGAAGAAAAAAGAAUUGUAUAAAGCUGUAAUUUCUCCUGUUGUCUUUUUUUGUAAAUAUUGUGAAAAAUAAACUGCAACUUGCACUGAGA